AGAGGCAGAGCAGAGUGUUCCCAGGGACGGGGCAGGUCUGCUGGGCUCACAUCUGAUGAUGGCAUCUCUCCUCCAACCUGGAACUGGAUCACAGGUUCGGCCUCACACGUACAGUCUGCCUCCACCCCACAGGGUCUUGACCCCCAUUUGCUAUAAAUGAUACACAGAUAGUGACGACUGCUGUACGAGGGAUGAAAAAUUAACAACAUCCGGGUAGAUCUUUACACAGUGACCUUAAAAUAAACCUGCAGAUUUGACUACAUACUUUCACAUCCCCAAUUUCUUUAACCCAUCUGACCUUCCACAAGCCUGAGGAGAGAACAAAAUAAAAGUCUUUAUGGGUGACAGUCAUGAGUUGUGCUUGGCUCCAAAAACUCGACUAAAGAUGUAACAGGGUGUGGUGUUGGGCGCAUUCAUCCUGUCUUAACUUCCUAUGUUAACGUGCUGUGACACCAGAGGUGUGCAUCCUCGAGUGUGAAGAGAAGGUCUUCCCCAGCCCCCUCUGGACUCCAUGCACCAAGGUCAUGGCUAGGAGCUCUUGGCAGCUCAGCCCUGCCGCCCCAGAGCAUGUGGCGGCUGCUCUCUACCAGCCGAGAGCUUCAGAGAUGCAGCAUCUGCGGCGAAUGCCCCGAGUUCGGAGCCUGUUCCAGGAGCAGGAGGAGCCUGAGCCUGGCAUGGAGGAGGCUGGUGAGAUGGAGCAGAAGCAGCUGCAGAAGAGAUUUGGGGGCUUCACUGGGGCCCGGAAGUCGGCCCGGAAGUUGGCCAAUCAGAAGCGGUUCAGUGAGUUUAUGAGGCAGUACUUGGUCCUCAGCAUGCAGUCCAGCCAGCGCCGGCGCACCCUGCACCAGAAUGGUAAUGUGUAGCCUGGAAGGGGCGUUCUUCCCAGCUGUACCGGCCACUGCAACCCAUGAGCGUCCAGGUGAUCCCCCAAACAGCAUGUGUCCAGCCCCAGACCUGCCGCCUGGGAAUCAGGAUUCCUUCUUCCCCAAGGCACUGAGCGUCUGUCUGCAGAUCUUGCAGGCUUCGUGGCCUCCAGAACCUCCCCCUGAUUGUUCCUCCCCAGCCCCCGGCAUGUUUCACCACAACCCUGUUGCUACAUCAGAGUGUAUUUUUGUAAUUCCUCUAGCUACCAUUUCAAUGGCCCCAUCUCUUCUGCUCACCUGCCUCUUCCCCCUUCUAGGGGCAGGUGAAAGGAACAGGAAAUUGAACCUGGGGUUUUGACUCGCCACUGCCAUAACUUGUUUGUAAAAGAGCUGUUCUUUCCGACUGAUUGUUUUAAACAACGAUUUCUCCAUUAAACUUCUACUGAGCAAAUGGUUAAUAAA